AGUCUACAUUGCUCCCUACAUUGCUCCCUACAUUGCUCCCUACAUUGCUCCCUACAUUGCUCCCUACAUUCUUCCGCCUCUGAUAUUCGUCUUUCGGUAAAGGCCCAACAGCCGAUUGACGAACGUUGCGCCUCAAACUCGAGACGAACAAUCCAGAAACCAGAUCCACCUCACCGUAACCGGGCCCGACAUCAUGCGAGCAUAGCGGCAAUGUUCACUUCAGCUACUCCUUUCCAGUCUUGUUGAUCGCGACACUCUCAUACUCCUGGAACGAUCCCUGCCUUCUGUCGCUCUACUCCACAAAACCCUUGCCCCAGUUUUACUUCCUUUCUGAAAGAUUCACAAUGGUCGAGUCCGACUACAACUCCACCGCGCGAGCGCUGGCCACUCGCAUCGAGGACGACACCGACGGUCCAACCCUGCCGAUUCACCACAGCCCCAACUCCGAGUCGCCGCUAUGGUCACGACGGUCACGCGACUCCGUUCGCGGAAGCACACAUGAUAGACGAAGGGCCGGUCAGAAUAGAUGGAUUCAGAGCGCUUUGAUGGUGCAGAGACAUGCGUUACAGACGUGGUACCACUUGACACUGCUACAACAGGUGGGCGUCGUUUUUGCGGCGGUUCUAUUUCUCGUCCUGGGGAUCGUAGCAACGGUGUUUCGACAUGAGCUCUUCCACGCCCUGGGCCGUGCCGCACAUAAAUGGCGGGAGAUGCCUGCUGGUUGGCUGAUCCUGUGGGUCCUGACCUUUAUAGUGUCCUUUCCACCCUUGAUUGGCUACUCGACCCUGGUCACAGUAGCGGGUGUUGUAUUCGGCAUGCGAGGAUGGUUCAUCAUCGCAUCUGCCACGAUUAUCGGAUCAACCUGCUCCCUAGUAGUCUCAAGGACACUGCUCAGGGACUUCGUUGGCAAAAUCACCGCCAAAAACAAGCAAUUCGCCGCCCUGUCCCUCGUCCUCAAACACGAUGGUCUCAAACUCCUCUGUCUGAUCCGCUUAUGUCCCCUCCCCUACAGUCUUGCCAACGGCGCCAUCAGCACAAUCUCCACCGUCACCUGGCCAAACUUCAUGCUCGCAACCGCCAUCGCCUCCCCCAAACUCCUCCUGCACAUCUUCGUCGGCUCGAAAAUCGGCGAGCUCGCUGAAGAAGGCGACAAGAUGGAUACCAAAACUCAAAUCAUCAGCUAUCUCAGCAUCGCCGUCGGUAUGCUCCUCGGUGUGGGUACCGGCUACCUCAUCUAUAUGAGAACCGCUGCGCGCGCCAAAGUCCUCGAGGCUGAGGAAGCGGCUGCUAUGGCGGGAGCUGGUCGGGACAGCGCCGAUGAUGGGGCUGAGUAUAUCGAUGAUCCGAUGCUCCGUGAACAGAUUGAUACGCUGCGUGAAGAAGAUGAUAUCUCAUUACAUCAGACUUCUGAUCGCCGUGCUGGUGGAGGGAACCAUACGUAUCGGGACGAAUUCACGGACGAUGAGGAUGCGGUUGAGCAGGACGCUUUUGAUAUUGGCGGUGAUGAGGACGAUGAGGAUGCGGUUGAUAACGAUGAUAAGUCAAGCAAUAGAGAUUCAUGAGGAUUGGCUAAACGGGAAACUUGGAUUUAUAUACCGUAUUAGAUUAUUUACCCUCGUCAUAGAAUCUGUAGAAGUUGUCCAACCUCGAUUCAAUCGACUGAAUUAAUUGAGGAGUAUUGUAAGCUCGGUUUCGUGGACAGCGGUGCAGAUAUCAGCAAUCUACAGCACGAUUUGAUGAA